GAAAAAUAUUGUGCAAUAUAAUAAGAGCUAUAAAAAGUACAGAACUAAUAAUUUUUCACAAAAUGUACAGAAUAAAAUUCUAUGCAUGAUUAAAUUUAAUACAAGAAUUAAUAUUUUGCUUGUCUUUCAUAUUUUAGUUUCAUAAUUUCAGUUUUCAUAUUUUUAUGUAAAUGUCAAAGAUCAUUCAUUUAUCAUGAGGAUUAUUUUUAUAAAAUCCACAAAAUCUCAGGUACUCUCGUAUGAAAUGAUUUUUCUUUUUAAAAUUGAUUUCAGAGAUUGAAUUCAUUUUAUUCAGAAAAUUAAAUUUCUGUAUCCGCUUUUUCAUUUCCUGUUUGUCUAGCAAAGAAGCCGGAGACGUCCAUUCCAUUUGCCGCUUCCAUCCACCGGUGUGUUGAGUAUUUUGAACAUAGUUUUCAUCCGUUGAAUAUUAAUCAAUCACAAUGACUGACGACUAUUUUUGGGGUAUCUCUAUGGAUAAGGAUAGGAAAUCAGUGUGCUGGGACCCUGAGCGAGACGCAGACCCAUCUGAUCCAUCAGGAGGGCUGCGAGGAGAGCACACACUUCUUGUCAAACAGAUAGUAUUAGGACCAGACGUGAAGGAGGGUGAAGUAAACGUUGUGGAAGUGGAAGCUAUGGGCUACCAACAAGACAUGAAAUUCCCCAUAGCCGUGAUGAAGGGUGGAGGCCCACAUCAGUCUGUUCUGGACCUUCUCUUCCCAGAUUAUCCUGUCACGUUCAAACUUGUCAAGGGAAACGGACCAGUAUACUUGCUUGGCAACCACUCCAAAGGAUCUGGUGAGCUAGGAGCAGAUGAUGACGACGAUGACGCUCUAGAUGAGGAGUUGGAUGAUGAAGACAUUGAUGACUUGGAUGAAAUUGCCGAGAGAAAUAAUAUUGAAGAAAGAAGAAGGAAGCUGGCUCAGUCAAAUAAUUCAAAGCCAAAAGCGAAGAAGGCAAAAACAGAUGAUGAGAAGUAGGGCAGCCAAAUCUCAACUUGUUCAUAGAACCUGUCGUAUCCCGACCGGAACUCAGACAAGAAGAUAGAUCAUCAUCUUCAGCAUCUAUUGUGAAUUUGUAAAGCUAUUGAAACGUGAACUUGCAGCCAGAGCACACGACAUCUUGAGUACUGCAACUGUCAGUGGCUGCAACUUAACUAAUAGACUGUUUAUCUACCUACUUUCAUUAUUAGCCGAUUUAAAAACUUUGUGAUUCACCAAAUGUGUAUGUAUCGUAUUUCAUUUUUUUAUGGGUUUUGGCUUUCAUCAUAAAGUUUGUCAGAUUUAAUUUUAAGUAAACGUUUCCUAUUUGAAUUUAACUGUAGCUGAUUCUUGAAUAUUACUACUACUAAAUUGUAGGAACAUUUCCAAUUUUAUUUGUUACCUAUAACGAGUGAAAGAUACGUGCUUUUAGUUUGUAUUGAUUCACAAGCCAAUGUUAUUAUAAACUAAGAUUCAUUCAUUAGAUUGAAAACACUGUAUUCUUAAUAUCUUAAUAAAACAUUUUUUACAAAAAAGUAUUAAUUUUAUAUUUUUCAAAUCAAUUUUAAAUUAGUAAUAAGAAAGUGGUUUUAUAAUUAAAAUGAUAGAACAAAAUGAAAGAUAUGAAAUUUGAUCUCGGAUGCGUAAAUUGUAAAUUAUGUUUAAAUAACGGAUACUCUAACCGUUUGUUAAGUUUGAAACGGUAGCACCAAUAGUUGCUUUUGUGAAAUAUAAGAAAUGGUAAUUUCUUAUAGAAUUGGAACAUUACAAAGUUUUUGCUCUAGCAUAUCUGAAGACUACCGUUGACAUUUUUUUACUUAAAGAGAAGUAUUUAAAUAAUGAACCAUUCCAUCAUUCUUAUUUUUUAUAAAUUAAGUCUCUUGAGAACGGUUUGAUAUAGUUAAUUAUUAUUACAAUUGGAAAUCAGAUUCGUAAUCUUGAAAUCUUUUUGUAACCUACCCCAAGUAUUACCCUUUCUCAUUUUGUGGAAUAAACUUUGAAUGCGUAAAACCAA